AAAGACCACCCUCGACACCUGUAUCCGACAGAUUUCUGUAAUUUUACCUGUCUAAUUGUCCUCUCCUGUACCAUCACAUUUUUUCCCAAGUGUAUUAGUCUUCAAGCUUGCUCAAAAUGAGACCCUCCCUCCUCCAGCCCCUCCUACCCCGCCAUACCUCUUCUUGCUUCUCUGCUGCGAGAACUUCUUUCUCUCUUCCUCAACUUGUGUCUUCUUCCAACACUUUCCGAACUUCUCGAUUCUUCUCAGCAACCUCCGCAAUCAUGGGCAACAAGGUCUACUUCGAUAUUGAGUGGGAGGGUCCCGUCUUCCAGAACGGCAAGCCCACCAGCACCGUCAAGGAGCAGUCGGGUCGCAUCAAGUUCAACCUCUUCGACGACGUGGUCCCCAAGACCGCUGAGAACUUCCGUGCUCUCUGCACUGGCGAGAAGGGCUUCGGCUACGCCGGUUCUUCCUUCCACCGAAUCAUCCCCGACUUCAUGCUCCAGGGUGGUGACUUCACCCGUGGCAACGGAACCGGUGGCAAGUCCAUCUACGGCGAGAAGUUUGCCGAUGAGAACUUCCAGCUGAAGCACGACAAGCCUGGUCUGCUGUCCAUGGCCAACGCUGGCCCCAACACCAACGGCUCCCAGUUCUUCGUCACCACCGUUGUCACCUCUUGGCUCAACGGCCGCCACGUCGUCUUCGGCGAGGUCGCUGACCAGGAGGGUCUUGACAUUGUCAAGGCUCUUGAGGCCACCGGCUCCGGCAGCGGCAACAUUAAGUACGGCAAGCGCCCUACCAUUGUCGCCUCUGGUGAGCUGUAAACAGUUCGUUUGAUGCGUUACAAGGCAUUAUGGUUGGGAAUUGGAGCACAUAACGAACCUCGGAGAGGAUUAGCCAUGAAGCUAGUGAUUCAAAAGUCGGGCUAAAGGCCCAGCUGCCAAAAUA